AUGGGCGGCAAAGGAGGCGGUGGCGGCAAAGGAGGUGGUGGCGGUGGUGCAAAAGGCGGCGGCGGCGGUGGUGCAAAAGGGGGUGGUGGCGGUGGUGCAAAAGGUGGCGGUGGUGGUGGUGGCGGCGGGGGAAGCAUGAAGGCCCCUGGCGGAGGUGGAGCCUAUAUUUCAAGGGAAACUUUUGAGGCCAAUCCUCAAGGUUACUUCAGUAAUUUACAUGCUGCCCAAAAGGAUAACUAGUGUAUAAUAUGCAUCUUAUGUAAUGUUUUAUUUACUUUAAUUUGGAGCGUUACAUAAUAUAAAUAAAUAAAUAAUGCUCCAUAGUAUAUAUAUAUAUAUAUAUAAAAGCA